GGCGUAGGGGACUAGAGCGUCGCGAGCGCGUACGUGGGGCGGGGCGCGGCGCGGCGGGACAAAUGCAGAGCGCGCGCGCUUCGCUAGCUGGCUACUGCACAGGCAAGGAUGGCGCCUCCUCAGCCUUGUCGGGUCCUGUGCUGCUGCAGCUGCCGCCUCUUCCAGGCGCACCAGGUAAAAAAGAGUGCCAAGUGGACAUGCAAAGCCUGUGGAGAGAAGCAGUCCUUUUUGCGGGCUUAUGGUGAAGGCUCUGGUGCUGACUGUAGACGCCAUGUCCAAAAAUUAAAUCUACUACAGGGACAGGUUUCAGAGCUGCCACUCAGGUCUCUAGAAGAAACUCUCGGUGCUGGUGAAGAAGAAAACGUGGGCCACCAGCAGGCUGGGAAUGUGAAGCAGCAGGAAAAAUCGCAGCCCUCAGAGAGUCGCUGGCUGAAGUAUCUAGAAAAGGACUCCCAAGAACCGGAGCUGGAAGGAAGAGGAGUGUGUUUCAGCAAACAGCCUUCAUCCAAAACGGAGGAGCCAGGCCCCCGCCUCAGCCAAGACCUGCCUAGAAAAAGGAAGUGGAGCCAGAGCACCGUCCAGCCUCCGUGCAGCCUUGGCAUCCAGGACUCGGGUGGCUCUGAGGUCGCCUGGGAACCCCAGAAGGAGCCAGGGGACAGCAAGGGCACUGCAGCUGGGAGUCCAGUGGGCAUCAGUCACUGCCCCCACCCCCACGUCAGCCAAGGUCGGCCUCGGCUGGCCUCACCACGCACAGAGCACUGGCUCAUGCCAAGAGGCAGAAGUCAAACUUUGAUGUUGCCGCCAACGAGUUUUGUGAUCCUGGGGACAGGCUGGCUUGACAUGGAAGGUGAAGCAAGGCAGCAGCCCCUGCCUCCGGGAGAAUGCUGCCGACUCCAGCGCCAGGGAGCCGAGGGGUCCUGGGAAGGAGCUAUGGAGUCCUGCCCAGCAGGUCACCGCCACCUCCUCUAAAUGGGUGCAGUUUGUCCUGUCACCUAGAAACAGUUCACACGUGGACAGAGAGCAGCCAACGCCUCUUCAGAGGGACCCUGGGCCAGCUGCUCCAGCACAGGCUAAGCAAGGGACCCCCGGGACCCCCAGAGCACAGGCCUCAAUGGAAGGCCUCAGCAGGCCCACCGACGCUGUCCAGCUUCCUCGGGCCACACACCCCACCACAUCCGGGCCUGAGAGGCCCUGUGGGAAGACCUCAUGGGACUCAAGGACUCCCUGGGCAGAGGGUGGGCCCCUGGUCCAGGAGACACAGAAUCCCCGACUCCCACGACUAUGUGACUUCUUUACAACUGGUGAAGACUUUGAUGAUGAUCUGUGAUCUGGGACUGGCAGGUUAUUAUUAAUCGAGAUACACUUGUUAGGAGGGACAGGGUUCCCUAAGGCACUUUUAAAGCUACUGUGUAAGAACCACCAAUAAACUUACUGUCAAACAGA